AUGUCGUCCACCAUGCUUGAGUCCGAAGCCAGCUUCACCGAUAGAGCGCUGGCAGUGGGCAUGGAGGCAGCAUUUGUGAACAGUCUUGUUGGUGCCGGUAUCAACAGUUUUGGUCGCCUUGCUUACAUUUGCGCCGUCAACCCCCAAAGUGGCGACGAUGCCCCAUUAAUCGAAGCUGUGGAGAAACUCUUGAAGCGUGCCUUGGCUGCUCGCGAGAUCCCAGAUCUUCGUCGCCUGUGGUUUGAAGCUCACACUUUCGCAAUUUCGGACUUGAAGUCCCGAGUUGAAAGAUCCACUUUGGACCCCCCAAGGGAACUUCCGCUGGCAGAGAGAAUUUCUCGUCUGGAGGCGCAAAAGCGUCGCUUGCCCAGUCUCGUCUUUACAGAGCGAGUUGAACCUUCUCACGGUCUAGUCGACAAGCUGCAAUCUAUGAUCGACAGUGGCACCAUCACUUACUUGCCCCCACAUAAGUGCCCAUCCCGAGCCCAGGAAAUCUCUAAUGACAAGCCGAUGCAGCAGGUGACCCUUGAUUCUGAGGGCGCUUUGAAGAUCUCCAAACGCCACGCCGAUCUGGAGUGUGAGACUCGGGGAGAACUCAAGCUUCGUGAAGCCUUUACCAGGCGUGCUCUUGCGUACGACCAGGUGGGUCUCAUGUCGUUCAUUGCCCAGGAAAAGUGGCAUACGUACUUGUUUGAUGCCGUCACACGCGAGCCUCCACCCAACCACCGCUAUGUCAGCAUCGGCCAAGCCCUGAACGCCGAUCGUGAGCUUUGGCAGCUCAUUGCCCAAGAGAGCCGCGGUGACAUCAAGAUCAUCAAAGGCACUGAUCCCCCUUUGGAUGCCUUCAUUAAGCGCUUUCAGCCCUCUCCGCAGGUGAAUGUCUGUUUGGCCCCCCUUCCUGCCUUCUCCCCUUACAAGGGAGAGCGUCCAGAUGGUGGCAAGGGCCCUGGUAAAAAGGGCGACCGCGCCAGCAAAGGCAAGGGUUGGGCCUCUCAGGGCAAAGAAGGCAAGGGCACGCCUUUGAAGCGCAAAGGCGAGACCCUGCAGCAGGAUCCCCGUCGUGCAGAAAUCCUCAAGCUUUUGCGUGAGAUCCCUCCCAACUGCGUUUCUCGCUUGCCCAAGACUCGGCAGUUCAUUUGUGCCCUCUUCCAGCAUGGCAAAUGCCCACAUCAGUCCAAGGAGCGUUGUGAGCGUGGUCUGCACUGCUGUUGGCAUCAGGACUGCUUCAAGAAAGGCGGCUGGCAUGUUUUCCCCAUCGACCACGCCAGCAAUCGUUUCAAGCCACGCGUUGCCUUUUUGCCCAUUGACCUUAGCCUCUCUUCUUCUGCUCUUUUGCUCGGGGACAUGUUGCGUGUUACCCGAGCAUCUUGGAUCCACCUAGGGAUCCCGUGCGGGACAUCCAGUCGUGCUCGGCAAAUUGCCGUUCCGGCUCAUUUGCGUGCUCAAGGAGCACCUCAGCCUCGCCCGUUGCGUUCAGCCAAGCAUCCUUUAGGUCUGCCUCAUCUUCAGCCCGCCGAAGCUGCGCGUGUGGAAGCCGCCAAUGCUGUUUACCGGACUUGUGUUUCCUGCCUCCAUCAGGCUUGGCUCCUGGGCGCCACUGUUUCCAUCGAGAACCCCGACACGGCCUGGACCUGGGCUGCCCUCGCCCUCUUGGUCAAGCAGUUCGCCGCUGAGCAAUCCUGCCCUGAGUUUGCUGAUUGGUACUUUGGCCUUGAAGACGUGCGUUUUGACAUGUGCAUGCAUGGCGGCGACCGCCCUAAGGCGACUCGUUUCCGAGCCACCCCAUCUAUUUUCAGCUCUCUUGCCAUCAGAUGCGACCAGACCCAUGCCCAUCGCCCUUGGUCCGUCCAGAAAGAAGGUCACCGUUGGCUGUUCGACACUGCUGCAGCUGCCCAGUACCCUUCUCUCUUGUGUCAGCGCGCCGUUGAUGCCGUCUCCGCGGGCCUUGACCCCCAGUUCCUGCAGGACACAACGCAGGCUUUUCGCCUUUCCUCCUUGGCUUCCAUUGGUGUCCAGAAGCCAAAGCAUGUUGCCCUCAUCCCCGAGUUCAAAGCCAAGGUAUGGGCAGCCGAGCCGCCUGACCCUGAUGCCAAGCCCCUCCCAGGUGUCACAUGCAGUCAAUGCAGUCAGUCUCAAGCCCAGGACCCUGCCACUCCGUGCUGGCCUGUGCCUUUGAUAUCCCCAGAAGACCUCCCGUGCCCUUGCUUGACGUCAGCGCCCCCCCACGAGCGACUGGCAUGGUCACUUGUGCAGUCGGGUCAGGCUUCGCGUGACGACUUGACCACACUUUGUCAUUUACUCCCGUCCGAUCCCGCUUCCCGCCGCAACCGCCAAGCCGAAGGCGUUGCUUGGACAUGUGGAGCCUACACUUUCUCUGGGGACGUCGGUCUGCAUCGUUCUGUGCGUACCAGCCCUUGGACGAGUCUUGUCUUGGCCGCUGUGGUCUGUCACUUUGCUCCAGGUGCCAUGUGCACGUCCAUUGCUGUCUUUUGCGACAUGGCCAGCCCCGUACACUGUGAUCGGUUCAACGACCACAGAUUCUUCAACGUCUUGGUCCCUCUCAGCCACUUCCAAGACGGCGAUGUCUGGGUCAGAUCUUCUUCCGGUGUGCACCCGGCCCCUGACGGGUCGGGGGUCAUGGGCGAACUCAUCCCUGUUUCCGCGGGACCUUGUUUGCUGCGCACAUCUGUGCCCCAUGCUGUCAUGCCGUGGCGCGGUAGUCGCGUCGUCUUGGCAGCUUUUGUGGUGUCCUCGUGGCCCCGGUUGCCCCAAAAAGACCUUGCUUCUUUGCAAGAGCUUCGAUUCCCGUGGCCCAAUGUGCAUUGCUCUGCCUCCAAUGCCGCGUGGGGAGAAGGAGUUGGAGGCCUCAUCUACAAGGCCACAAACAGUGUCAAGCCGCAAGCGUGGGGUGUGUACUAUACGCCAGAAGAGCACCUCGGAUGCGCCAUCAACUUGCCACACCCCAUCGAUAAGGCGUGCUCUGUUCCGGACAUACUCAGAAGGGCAGUGUUCGAUCUUGCAACGGUUGGUUGCAAAGAAAUGCACAAAAGGCGUCUUGCUAAACUCGAGGAAAUCAAGGACAGAGCAUCCUAUCGCCAGGUGCAGGAAGGGCACCCCAUCACCAAGGGAAAAAGGUUGGCUUUGUUCAGGGAGCUUUUGGUUGAGUCAGGUUUCCCCGACUUGAGUGUAUGCGACUUCAUGGAAGAGGGUGUCAGCUUGGUGGGUGCAGAACCCGAUUCCCCUCUCUUCAGCAUAAGGCCUAAACCAAUGACAAUGACCCCUGAGCAGCUUGAUUCGCAGUCCGUCUGGCGCAGAAGGGCGCUUCUAUCAUCCCCGCCUCAGCAGUUGGAGCCUGAAGAGCUCAUGAUGCUCAAUGAUGAGACAGAAGCCGAGUGCAAGGCCGGCUUCCUCGAGGGCCCCUUUAGUUCUGAAGCAGAAGUGUCAUCUCGCCUCGGCACAGACCAAUGGUCUCCAAGUCAAAGGUUUUUGCUCCUUCAGGGAGAAGACCAGAAGCCAAGGGUCAUCGACAACUUGCGUGAUUCGGGCGUGAACGCUGCGUUCGGUUCCAGCUCAUACCUGUCAAUGCAUGACUGCGACUUUGUGACGAGCUUGUGCCUUUUCGUCUCCAAGGUUUGGGCCAACAGGUCUGAGGUAUCGGUCACUCUUGAGACGGGCGAAGUCUUGAGGGGGCCGUGGCACAACUGCGAAUGGGUUGGGCGAUGUUUCGACUUGUCUAAGGCCUAUAAGCAAGUACCCAUCAAGGAAGCAUCUCUAAAGUACGCAGUCAUUGCAAUGCCUUCCAGGACAGGUUGUUGGGCCUUUUAUCUUGCAAGGGGCUUGCCUUUCGGAGGUUCCGGAUCUGUGUUCUCCUUUUGCAAGGUAUCCAAGGCUAUAUGGCACCUGGCCGUGACGCAGCUCUCCAUCAUCUCCAGUGUAUACGUUGAUGACUUUCCAACUCUUGAGGUCAGCCCUCUCGCCCCAAGCACGACCCACGUGUUCUCAGAUCUCUUGGAUACCUUGGGGUGGGCCCAUGCCACCUCUGGAAAGAAAGCUGUUGACUUCCAACAAAAGUGGUGCGCCUUGGGAGCACAGUUCGACGUAUCACGAUUGCAUGAGGGGUCCCUGCAGGUGUCCAACAAGCCUGGCAGGCUUGAGCGCAUUCUUUCCAUGGCCGAAACUAUGGAGGUGCCUGAGGCAAGGGUCAAGCAAACUGCUGAGUCACUCCAUGGCUUGCUUAACUUCGCAGGGGGGUUUGUUCUAGGGCACGCCUUCAAGCCGGUGGCCAAACUGUACUCUGCAUUGGCCGUGUCCCCAUCAUCAGCAGGGCCUGAGAGCUUACGCGAGAAUCGCAUGUUGCUCCAGUCCGUGGUGCAAACUUGCAAGCCAAGGGUUUUCAGCAUCCACUCCCCUGGCGCCCCCCUUGUUCUCUACACCGAUGGUUCUUUCGAAAAGUGUAAGGGAUUAUGGGGUUGUUUACUGGUUGACCCAGCAUCAGGGCGCAAAGCCGUUCUCCAUGGGCGUGUUCCCAAUCGCAUCAUUUCACACUGGACCCGAGUUGCUGGCCAGCAGGUGAUCUGUGAAAUCGAGCUGCUGGCCGUCGUAUGUGCUAGGUGGGCAUUUGGGGAUGCUUUCGAAUCCAGGCUGGGCUUCGUGUUCGUUGACAACGAGUCCGCACGCAUGACACUCAUCAAGCGAUGCAGCCCAGCCUUAGCGAUGUUCCGGUUGAUCGCAGCGUUGAGCGCUAUCGAUGCCGUCCAUUCGUUCGGCGCAUGGUACGAGAGGGUCCCGUCAAAGAGCAACCCUGCGGACCCUCCUUCAAGGGGACUGAUCAGCGCGAUCUGUGAGAAGCUCUCAGCCUGUGACGAGGGGUGCUUCGAAAUCCCUCCUGAACUUGAAAAGUUCAUCCUCAGUGACACCUUCGAAAAGCGUUUGCUCGACGAUCUUGUCUCUGCGUACCAACGGAGGGCGCAGCAGCAUGGCAUGAAAGGGGGAAACAAGAUGCUGCUGAGCAACAGCGGACAGGUGAGAGGAUGA